CCCCCGUCAUCGCCUCCUCCUCCUCCUCCGUCGUCAAUCGCCGAUCGCCCCCGCCCCCGCCUCCGGCGUCCCCGAUUCUCCCCUUCUCCAGCCCCUGUCGAAUCGCGGCUUCCCGUCCGCUCCCCCUCGUCCCGAGCCCCCCCGCGCGAUCCCCGCCUCCUGCUGCCGCUCCUCCUCCCUCCUCCUCCUCCCGAUCCGGGGCGGGCCCAUUCGAUCCGAUUCUCGGGGGGCGUGCCGAUCCGUCGCUUCUCGACUUUCUCUUCUCCGCGUUUGGGUUUUUUUUUUAGGGGCGAUCGGGGGAUGGCGAACCGGGUGGAUCACGAGUACGAUUACCUGUUCAAGAUCGUCUUGAUCGGGGACUCCGGCGUCGGCAAAUCGAACAUCCUCUCGAGGUUCACGAGGAACGAGUUCUGCCUGGAAUCUAAGUCCACCAUCGGCGUUGAGUUCGCGACGAGAACCCUGCAGGUUGAGGGAAAGACUGUCAAGGCACAAAUAUGGGACACUGCUGGUCAAGAGCGAUAUCGAGCCAUUACCAGUGCAUACUACAGGGGAGCAGUGGGUGCUUUGCUAGUUUAUGACAUAACAAAGAGGCAAACCUUUGACAAUGUCCAGAGGUGGCUUCGGGAGCUGAGGGACCAUGCAGAUUCUAACAUAGUUAUUAUGAUGGCUGGGAACAAGUCUGAUUUGAACCACCUAAGAGCUGUCCCGGGGGACGAUGGUCAAGCCCUGGCUGAGAAGGAGGGUCUUUCAUUUCUUGAGACUUCAGCAUUGGACGCAACAAACAUUGAGAAGGCGUUUCAGACAAUUUUGACAGAGAUCUACCACAUCAUAAGCAAAAAGGCAUUGGCAGCUCAGGAAGCUGCUGCUACUACGCUUCCUGGUCAAGGGACCACAAUUAAUGUCGCUGAUGCCACAGGGAAUGCCAACAAGAGAGGCUGUUGUUCUACUUAAGGCGACACUGUGAUUCAGGAGACAAAAUUUGAGUGGUAAUUAACCCCAGCAGCUUAGAUAUGAGCCCAUUUUCUUUUGGGUCAACGAGACAUUUGUAGAAUAUUUGUGGUGUUCUUUUCCUCCCCCGUUUAAUUUUUCUUUUUACUUUGUUGAGGUGUGACCAGACCUGAUGAACGGUAUUUUUAGCUUCUGAAGAGGCGAUACUUUGUUUAUUCUUUUUGUCAUUUUCAGUAAGAGUAGAAUGCAGCAAUUUGGCUAGGUGGAGACUCUGUCCAAUGGGUGGCCCGGCAUAGAGUUGUUCAGAAGUGGUUAUCGGUUAUACAAAACUAGUGCGUCCCUUUCGGCC